AUGGAGAACAAGUCUAGUGCCUCGUAUAUUACUGUAGAUGGUUAUGUGGAGGUGCAGAAGUAUGGUAGUUUUUACUUUGUCCUUAUGAUCUCAGCUUAUGUUCUAAUUCUGUUCAGUAAUAGCCUGAUUGUGUAUCUUAUAUGGAUUCACCCAAACCUCCACGAGCCCAUGUAUAUUUUCAUCGCUGCUUUGUCUGUGAAUUCUAUUUUAUAUAGCUCCACAAUUUACCCCAAACUGUUGAUUGACUUCCUGUCUGAAACGCAGGUAGUGUCUUACGCAGGCUGCCUUUUCCAGUGGUUUACGUAUUACAACUUGGGAGGUUCUGAAUUCAUGCUCUUGACAGCUAUGGCGUAUGACCGGUACGUUUCUAUUUGCAAACCGCUCAAAUACGCAACAAUAAUGAGCAGGAGAAAUGUCAUAGUUUUAGUUGCGUUUGCAUGGCUGUUUCCUCUUUGUCAGACGAUUGUUCCAUUGUGUCUGAAUGCGAAGAGAAAGAUAUGUCAUUUUAUUUUUAAGGGAAUUAUCUGCAAUAGCACUGUUUACAAACUGUACUGCGUCGGCUCAACAGCACUAACCAUCUACGGACUCAUCGUUUUUGCCAAUCUGGUCAUUUUACCUGUUCUCUUUAUACUUUAUACUUAUUCAAAGAUAUUUUUCAUCGCACGACGCUCCGGUGAGAUGAGAAGGAAAGCGAUUGAGACCUGUCUGCCUCACCUAGUCAUUUUGAUAAAUUUUACAGUUUUUAGCGCUUACGACGUUCUUUUACUGCGCAUUGAAACUGAAUACACCAAAACAGUACGGUUCAUAGUGACUCUGCAGAUUAUAAUGUACCAUCCGUUAUUCAACCCGAUCAUUUACGGGCUCAAAAUGAAGGAAAUAAACAAACACAUUAAAACUUUGUUAUGUCUAUUCAUCAAACCAAAAUAA